AUGGGGGCUAUUGGUGGAGAAGAAUUGAUGGAUUGGGAGAAGAUGCAAGUUGGGGGCAAUGGAAAUGAAGAAAAGAUUCUGGUGUUGGUGCGUUUGAGGCCUUUGAGCGAGAAGGAAAUUGCACAGGAUGAAGUUGUGGAUUGGGAAUGCAUUAAUUCAACCACCAUUUUGUACCGGAACAGCCUCCAGGAGAGGUCUGGACUUCCCACAGCUUGCUCAUUUGAUCGAGUAUUUAGGGGUGACUGCAGCACGAGGGAAGUUUAUGAGGAAGGAGCAAAGGACAUUGCCCUUUCAGUUGUUGGUGGCAUCAACUCUACUAUUUUCGCAUAUGGCCAGACAAGCAGUGGAAAGACAUAUACCAUGAAUGGGAUUACUGAGUAUGCUGUGGCUGACAUUUAUGAUUACAUACAAAGGCAUGAGGAUCGAGCAUUUGUGUUGAAGUUUUCUGCUAUGGAAAUAUACAACGAAGUUGUUAAAGACCUCCUCAGCAGUGACAGUACUCCACUCAGACUGCUUGAUGAUCCUGAGCGAGGAAUUAUUAUAGAGAAACUGACAGAGGAAACCCUGAGAGAUUGGAGUCAUCUCAAGGAACUUUUAUCCAUCUGCGAAGCACAAAGACAAAUUGGGGAAACGUCCUUGAAUGAAACAAGCUCCAGAUCUCAUCAAAUUCUUAGAUUGACGAUUGAUAGUUCAGCUCGCGAGUUUUUAGGGAAAGACAACUCAGCCACCCUUUCUGCUAGUGUGAAUUUUGUUGAUCUCGCUGGAAGUGAGCGUGCAUCUCAAUCAUUAUCAGUUGGGCAAAGGCUGAAAGAAGGCUGCCACAUCAAUCGUAGCUUACUAACUUUAGGAACAGUGAUUCGCAAGCUAAGCAAAGGAAGGCAUGGACAUGUCAAUUUCAGGGAUUCUAAACUAACACGGAUUUUGCAACCUGCCUUGGGAGGCAAUGGAAGAACUACCAUAAUUUGCACUUUGAGCCCUGCAAGAUGCCAUGUUGAGCAAUCAAGAAAUACCCUUUUAUUUGCUAGCUGUGCAAAGGAAGUAACUACAAAUGCACAGGUCAACGUAGUAAUGUCUGAUAAGACCUUGGUGAAACAUCUACAAAAAGAGGUAGCCAGGUUGGAGGGUGAGCUGCGAACUCCUGGACUGACCUGUGAUCAUGCAGCACUGCUUAGAAAGAAAGAUCUGCAGAUUGAAAAGUUGGAGAAAGAGGUUAAGGAGCUGACUAGGCAGCUAGAUCUGGCUAGAUCUCAUGUUGAGGAAUUGUUGCAAGAGGAUGCCGUUGGCUGUCCUCCUAAAUUGCAAGGAGAGAACGCAAGGAAAAAUGUAUAUCCAGCUACAAGGUCAUUGCGCAGAACCAAUCAUCAUGAUAGAAAAGUAAGUUAUAGGAAGCUUAAUGGAAUUCAGUCUCGUAAUAAGGACAUCAUCAAGAGUGACGCAAGGUCGGACCAACUGCUGUCAGAAGACAGUGAGGAUCAUUCUUCAUCUUAUGUUAUGACUGAUCUGAGUCAAGGAAGAGAUAAUCUCCCAGUAAGAGUCAAUCAAGAUUCUGGUGAAGUUUGUAAAGAUGUUCGAUGUAUUGAGAUGGACAAAGAUUUGUCAAACAGUGAGAAUGAUGGAAGAAUGUCAACACUGAUGGAGUCUGGUAGUAGAUGUGUUUCCAAUCCUGUCCUUGCACUAGAUCCUGACGUUGAAAAUGGUUGCUGUCAUGGAACGUUGGAGCAUAAAAUGCAAGAUAUGCAAAAUACCAUGGAGUCUCUAGCCAGCACUUGUGGGGAUGGAUUGUCCUCGUCCAUCAAUAUAUUGGAUUCUGGAAAACUGAAAUUGACAAGUAGCGAGAGUUAUAAACCUAAUUUAGUGACUGGCUCUCCUGACUUUGAGAUGGCAGAAGAAAUUGAAACAACCCCACCAUCUACUGGGAUGGGAAACAGCUUCCCAGGAAGACCAGAAGGUUUCCAAAGGAAGAAUUGGAUGCUUCCCCCAUCGAUAUAUGGUGCGAAUGGUAUGAGAUUGUCCAGAAAUGACUCACAAUCUUCCCACGGUAGCAGUUUUCCCGAUGAAGUAAAAGCCGAGGACAACAUCCAUGGAGAUGAUGAUAUUCCUACCCUUGGUUCCUUUGUGGCAGGACUCAGGGAGAUGGUUAAGCUUCAGAAUGAAGACAAGCUCGAUGAUCAGGUUCAAGAGCCCGAAUCAAGAGCUCAAAAGAGUGUCAAAGAUGAAUUGGAUGCAAGGCAUGAUUCUUCAGGAGCUCCUUCAAAUUGGCUUCUGAAGUUUGAGAGGCUGCGGGGAUCAAUAAUUGAAUUAUGGCAAGCUUGCAAUGUUUCAUUGGUACGUAGGACAUACUUCUUCCUCCUUUUUAAAGGCGACUUGGCAGAUUCCAUUUACAUGGAGGUAGAACACAGGAGAUUAUUAUUCCUCAAGGAGACAUUUUCUGAGGGAAAUCCAACUGUACAAGAUGGCCACAUACUCACGUUGGCAUCAAGCAUGAAAACUCUUCGGCGUGAGAGGGAGAUGCUAAGCAAGCUUAUCUAUAAGAGAUUUGCAGAAGAAGAAAGGAACAAAAUUUAUGAGAGAUGGGGUAUAAAAUUGAACUCAAAACAGAGGAGGUCGCAGCUGGUCCAUCAUCUUUGGAGUGACACUAAAGAUAUGAAUCAAGUCUCAGAUAGUGCAGCCAUUGUUGCAAAGCUGAUUGGGUUCUCAGAGCAAGGGGAAGCCCUAAAGGAGAUGUUUGGUCUCAGUUUCACUCCUCCACGCACGAGUCGGAGAUCCUUUAGCUGGAAAAACAGUAUGACAUCCCUUCUGUGA